CCUGCAACUGCCCACUGGGCUCAGGAUCACCUCUGUGCGUUCCAACACGUUACCCUGUGUGUACACCAGCUGUAGAACUCACUUUUACACUCCUGCAGUUCUCCAACCGCACACUCGAGCAGUAUAACGUUAUUCCAACGGCACUCAGCCCGCUCACACCGUACCGGAGCUUCCCACUGCCGGCCCGACCGGCUCCGGCUCCCUCCCUCAUUUCCGCCGCUCCCCGGCAACGGCCCGGCCAUGUCUGAAGUGGAGGAAACCCUCAAAAGGAUUCAAGCCCACAAAGGGGUGGUGGCGACUAUGGUUGUCAAUGCAGAAGGAAUUCCAAUAAGAACAACUCUCGAUAACGCGACAACAGUGCACUAUGCAGGUGUUCUUCAUCAGCUCACCAUGAAAGCGAGGAGCACAGUGAGGGAUAUUGAUCCUCAGAAUGAUCUAACCUUCCUCAGGAUCAGAUCAAAGAAACAUGAAAUCAUGGUAGCUCCAGAUAAGGAGUACCUGCUGAUCGUUGUCCAGAACCCAACCGAAUAGACCCAACAGGGCGUUAUUUCAGACAGUGGCGCAGCUCUUCUUGUCAAACUGACCUUCCUUACUGACACUUCGCAUCCAACACAGCACUAACAAAUUCUACGCAAUGCAGAACCGCUGUGACCGAAAGCGCUGCCAGUUUAAGAUUCUGUUGUAGUUGUAUCAGUUUGUGUUUGUGCAAAUCUCAAAGUAUUGUUUGCCUUAAUACUCUGAUGGACAAUAAAGCAAAAUGCUUGAACUUUGAUUU